UGGAAAUCCCAGAGAAGUAAAAUGAACCUCUAGUAGAUCUAGGUGUUUUAGGAUUUAAUCUCGGAAUAUAGGCUACAAAUAUCUGCAUUUUCGUCAUUUGAAAAAGGCAGAGCAUUAAAGAAUAUCAAAUUUUACAGGCUCUGGACCCAGUUUAAAAUGGAAGGAAAACUUUGGAGACAUCAAUUCAAUUGAAAAGCAUUAUGGCCUCCUCCUCUUACGCGUCCACAGAGGAGACGACAAAUGCCUGUAGAGCCUGUCGACUUCUCUUGGGUCCAUGUACAGAUGAGUUACGUGAUGUUUUACUUCACCAUGUACCUCUACCAACAUUCACACACGUCAUUAAACAAAAGAGGAGUAAUCUUCCCCGUCUGACAGCUCAACAGAUGAAUCUUAUUUUACCCAGAGGUAGUAGUUAUACAGGAAACUAUGGUGAUAUGGACAUUUCCUUAUUAUACACACUACUUAGAAACAUUUGUGGUAUACCACCACACAGCAGUGGCUGGGGAUAUGAUCCAGACACUACAGAUCGAUCUCUCUCUGCCAACAUUGAGAGAAUCCGUAUCGCCAGAAAUCAGUGUGUACAUUCUUCUAGUCCCAUCCUUUCCAACGCUGAUUUCAACACAAUCUGGUCCACUGUCAGAUCAGCAGUUGUGGACCUUGAUUCUUUCCUUAACAACGGGAACAAGUUUGAAAGAGAGGUGGACUUUUUGAGACAUGAGACAAUGGACCCUGUCAGUGAUUGUCGUUACAUAGAAGAACUUAGAAAACAGGCUGAAGAAGAUGCAAAAACUAGAGAAAUGAUUAAAGGCCUGAAACGAAAAGCCGAAGAGAUUGAUGAGAGGUACAAUAAAAUGCAGAAAAGUUUUGGUGAGUACAUUUCUAUUUUAAAAAAAUUACACUGGAAUAAGUUUUGGAACUGCCUUGAAGAAAUCAAAUUAAAAGGAUGGCUGCACCUAAUGACAUGCCAAAGUU